AUUUUGGUUUGACAAGACGUAAAAAUGGGUGGUUUGACGCAAAAGUUUUUGCUUAUCAGUUUUUUAAUCGUUCACGGAAAAGGUUUUCCUCAACAACUCAUUGAAAGGACUGAAUAUGCUCAUGAACCACACGUUCGAAGUCUUUAUCAACCAGAAAAAUAUUUUACCAAAGUUUCUUCGGGCAAUGACGUUACAACAGUUCGACCUUCUUCAACGCAUCCCAUGGAUAAUCCUUCGUGGAAAGCUCCUCUUGGUCCAAUGGAGGAACGAAAAGAGCAAUUUUGGAUCGAUAACGGUCAAAAUUACUUGAAAAAACGUCUAGCCUUGAACUUGAACAAAAAAGUUGCGAAAAACGUAAUUAUUUUUAUCGGCGAUGGAAUGUCUUUGGCAACGCAAAUGGCGACGAGAGCAUAUUUAGGAAACGAAAAUAUUUAUUUAUCUUUUGAGAAGUUUCCGUUCACAGGACUUUCAAAAACUUAUGCUCCAAAUUAUCAAGUACCUGACUCAGCAAAUACUGCUUCCGCAAUUCUCGCAGGAAGUAAAAAUAAUUACGGAACUGUUGGCGUCACAGGCGAAGUAAGACUUCAGGAUUGCAAAGCUGCGCAAAAUGAGAAAAAUCAUUUAAAAACCAUCAUGAAAUGGGCUCAAGAGCAAGGAAGAUCGACAGGAAUUGUUACAACGACUCGUUUAACGCACGCAACUCCAGCAGCUUCUUAUGCCAUUUCACCCGAUCGUGAAUUUGAGAACGAUGGAAAUACUCCGGAAGGAUGCACGGAUAUUGCUAAGCAAUUAAUCCUCGGCGAAACGGGCAAAAACUUCAAAGUUCAACUUGGAGGAGGUUCACGAGAAUUUUAUCCUUCUGAGGAAAUGAUUCAUGGUUGGAAUGGAUCGAGAAAAGAUAGAAUUAAUUUAGUUGACGAAUGGAAAAAGUUACAUUCAGAUAGAGCUAAAGUUGCUAUGAAUCGUGAUGAAUUACUAAAAAUCAAUGCAAACAACACUGAUUUCUUGUUUGGCUUGUUCAGCAACUCUCACAUGGCUUAUCACAUGGAAGCAGAUCCCUCUGUUGAGCCAACACUUGAGGAAAUGACAGCAAAAGCCAUUGAAAUUUUGCAGAAAAAUGAAAAAGGUUUCGUUCUUUUGGUUGAAGGAGGUUUAAUCGAUCAAGCGCAUCACAGAAAUUUCGGACAGAUGGCGCUGAAUGAAACGCAGGAGUUUGCAAAAGCUAUCCAAUAUGCCAAGGAUGCAACUGACGAUGAGGAAACCUUAAUAGUUGUUACUGCGGAUCAUUCUCAUACCUUUACAGUUGGAGGAUAUCCGGAACGUGGCAACGACAUUCUCGACGUCGGUGACUUUUCCCGUCUCGAUGGUCUUCCCUUUCUAACUCUUGCUUACGCCAAUGGCAUGAGUUACUUCGAUCACUUUGAAAACGGAAAACGAAAAAACCCUGAUGACAUGCCCGUGCACGAUCCACGUUUCACAUAUCCCUCCAACGUUCCGUACGAAGAUGAAACGCAUGGCGGCGAAGAUGUCGCUGUCUACGCAAACGGUCCAUGGUCCCAUCUCUUCGUGGGAAACUACGAACAAAGCUACAUUUUUCAUGCGAUGAUGUACGCAUCGUGUCUCGGCGGUAGCAAUUACGAGAAGGCACCCGCUUGCAAUGGCGGACACAAAAUUGCAGGUAUGUCUGCAGCAACAUUACUUAUCGCCGUUUUGAUGAUCACCGGAUUAAAACAACUACUACUCGAUGAUUAGAUCCCACGAAAUAUGAGCGCGCAGAUGAAGUUUCUUGAUUAAAUGUUGCAUUCAUCGCCGCGAGACAUAAUAUUUUUUGCUCUGGUUGAUUUUUUUUUAUUAUUUUAUUUUAAUCCAAUUCCGAUUAUUUUUUUGUAUUAAAUUUAUGAAAAUUUACAACACACCUUUAAUAUUGAAAAAAAACGAGCUUACAAAA